UUUGAAUUGUUUGACAAACUGUUACAUCGAUUCGUGAAUUCUAUCGAUUCGUCAGUUAUUUGUCUCUAAUUUUGUCACUUUUUUAAAUCUUAAUUUGAAGUCUUUUCCACUUUUAAUUAAAUUAUAACUUAAUUAAUAUUUUUUCGCUAUAAUAUCAAUAAAUUUGAGACCAAUUAUCUCAAGACUUAGUCGUCAGCAAUGUUUCGAAUGACGCGUUUAGCCGUUAAUUGUGGCUUUCGAGUUUCAACAAUUGUUGGCAUUUCUGCUUUGAUCGGUACGGGUGUACAUCACAAGAAAAAGCACAUAAAUGAAUGGUUAACUGGCCUUCAAUUAAACACCAAUUGGUCCGUUAGAACUGUUUAUCUACAGCCACCCCAAGCCGCUGGAGGAGAAGCAGUGAGAACUGUUAAAAAUGUGGUCUCCGAGUCAUUUCCUUCUAUGGUUUCUGUCCGUCAGUUUCUACCAAUGGAUGGAAAUGCACCAAAAGUUACAUUAUCGACGAGUUCUGGAUUCAUAAUUGAAUAUAUGAAUAAAAAAUGUAUUGUAACGACUGCACGGGCGGUCGGAAACGCUAAACAGGUUAGAGUCAAGUUUACUGAAAUUGGAAACCAUGCGGGACAGGGAACUACUGACGAUGGCAAACCUGCUGGAGCGGGAAGUGCAGGCGAAUCCACUUUUUGUAACGUAGAUUAUAGGGAUCCGGUUAGCGAUAUUGCAUUUAUUGAUGUGCCGGAUGCAUUAAAAAAGUAUACAGGAUUAAGAUUUGCUGAUCUUAAUGAUAAACUCCGUGCGGGAGAUCCAGUGGUUAUCGCUGGUCACGCAUGGGAUUAUAAAACUGUCAAUAGAGGUGUCGUCAGUUGGCCAAACCGUCUGGGCUCUGAUAUCACAAAAAUUGGCAAAAAGUAUGACUUUAUUGAUAACAAAACCGAAUACAUUCAGCACACGGCCUCCUUUGCCAUCGAUGACUACGGCGGACCCCUCAUGAAUAUGAAAUCAUCGGUUAUCGGAAUGUAUUUCUAUUUGCAACUCAUCGACAACAUUGUCAUGUACUUUGCUAUUCCCCACAACAAGAUUAUAGAAGUAAUGAGGGAAGCCUACAAAUUGCCAAUCACUGAAUCUAAGGCAGAGGGAGGCGUUCCAAUGGAAGAGCAGUCACCUUUUCAAUUGCCAAAAUCACGACCACCACCUCAAUGGCCACCACAAUCACCUAUAGGUCCACACAAAUAACUCACCGAUCAAUCAAUCAAUUAACUGAUCAGUCGUUUCUCAAACUCUCUAUUUAUUUAUUUUAUUAAUUUAUAAUUUGAUUUAUUUUACGUAUUAU